AUGUCUAGAAUACCCCCAGGCGGCGGCAGGUUGCCUUACGCCCCCUCGUUACCAGGAGGCAAUCCCCGAAUGCCCCUAAACCAAGGACGACCGCCGCCGGGAGGCUCGUACGGCUCAGAUCCAUCCCAAGGCUAUGGGAGUCCUCAAGGCUAUAGCGAUCCCCGGAUCAACCAAGGGGCUGGUCCCCAAUCGCCAGGGAUGUCGAGAUACUCAGAGAAAGGACCUUCCGGACACUCUGGUUCCAGAAGGGUUCCUUUGCGAGUCGAGAAGGUUGCCGACAGAACUUUGCAAUCUCGCCUGAUCUACGGCAAUAUAUGUGCUGUUGCGCCGGAAGACUUCCCGCCGAACCGAGACGGUACCGAUCUCUAUAUCCUCGUGCGUGGCGGCCAACCAGAGGGAGAAUUCGUCAUCACAGCGAGGCCCGUUCCCGGCUUCCCCCAAGGGGGAAUUAGUCUCUCCGACCCUCAGCGUUCCUGGUGUAACAUCACCAUUCGCGACACGUUCUCUGGAGAACUAUAUGACCCUUUUGCCCAAGGAGGGAGAGCAUAUUUGGGAUCCGUUGAUCUAGAAGUCGGCUUCGCAUCGCCUAAUAAGAGAACUGACGUUCCAUACGAUGAGGAUCAUCUCGCAGCGCAAUUUUCUGACACCUUCGCAAACCAAGUUCUGGCCCCUGGGCAGAGAAUUUUAAUGGAUGUCCGCAAUAUUCCGCUGUUGAUUGUUGUCAAGACAGUGGGGCUUGUAGACCUUGCCAUGUCCUCGGAUGACCCUAGCAAGCAGGUCUUCCGAGAAGGCCAUGCAAGAGGCAUUCUCACCAGCCAAACAAGAGUGUUGUUCCACCGCGACGGUAGAACUGACUUUCACAUGAAGCCAUCUAUGAGCAAGCCCAAUUCCAACGCUAUUCUGGCGCCGGACUUCAAGUUUGAAGACAUGGGCAUUGGUGGUUUGGGCGAUGAAUUCUCCACCAUCUUUCGUCGAGCUUUCGCCUCCCGCGUGUUUCCUCCUGGCCUCGUGGCCAAGAUGGGCAUUCCGCACGUCAAAGGAAUGUUGCUUUACGGCCCCCCGGGUACCGGCAAGACCCUUAUUGCCCGCCAAAUAGGCAAAAUGCUCAACGCGCGCCCGCCAAAAGUCAUUAAUGGCCCUGAAGUUCUAAACAAGUACGUGGGACAGUCUGAAGAGAACAUCCGAAAGCUAUUCGCGGAUGCCGAGAAGGAGUACAAAGAAAAGGGCGAAGAAAGCAGCCUUCACAUCAUCAUUUUCGACGAACUCGACGCCGUAUGCAAACAGCGUGGAUCGGGCGCUGGAGGAGGGACCGGUGUUGGUGACAGCGUGGUGAACCAGCUUCUUUCCAAGCUUGACGGAGUCGACCAGCUGAACAAUAUCCUGCUUAUAGGAAUGACCAAUCGAAAGGACAUGAUUGAUGAUGCGCUCAUGCGACCUGGUCGUUUGGAAGUCCACAUCGAAAUUUCUCUACCAGAUGAAGCGGGUCGGCUCGACAUCUUCAACAUCCACACUGCCAAGAUGAGGGAGAACAAGAUUCUCGAUUCUGAUGUUGACCUAAAGGAGCUCGCAAACAUGACCAAAAACUACUCGGGUGCCGAGAUUAAUGGCGUUGUCAAGGCCGCAGCAUCAUUUGCAUUUUCGCGCCACACAGAAGUCGGUCAAAUGGCUGCCGUGAAACAGGACGUUGCCAGCAUGCAAGUCAACCGCGCGGAUUUCAUGCUGGCCUUGACAGAAGUAAAGCCGGCAUAUGGUGUAUCAGAGGCGGAGCUUGAAGACGCCAUCGGUCUGGGCAUCAUGCGGUUCAGCCGAUACAUUGGCUCGACUAUUGACGAGAUGAUGCGUGUGGUUGGCAUGAUCAAAAACGACCCCAACAAAUUUAGCACCUCGGUGCUCUUCCACGGACCCAAAGGUGCGGGAAAGACUGCACUUGCAGCCCACAUUGCCAUGCAGUCCGACUUUCCCUUUGUGAAAUUGGUGACGCCGGCAGAUCUCGUUGGGUACAGAGACGACUUUGCCAAGAAGGACUACGUUCACAAAGCAUUCGCGGAUGCCUACAAGUCGCCUGCGUCGAUCCUCAUCCUCGAUGACUUUGAGCGUCUCAUCGGUUGGAACCCGAUUGGACCUCGUUUCUCCAACGUUAUGCUGGAGGCCCUUACCACGCUCAUUAAUCACCGUCUCCUCGUUUUCGUGACCACGUCCAAAGCUGCCGUGCUCAAGAUGCUCGAAAUCGACACUGAUUUCGCAAAGAGGGUCGCAGUGCCAGCUGUUUCUGACGUUGAAGAGCUCGCUGUUGUCUUGCAGGAAUCUCGUGUCUUUCGACCCGAUGAUAUUGACCAUGUGCUCCAGCUGGUACAGCAGCGCACAGGGUCGGACAAGGUUGGAAUAGGCAUCAAGACGAUCCAGGACCUGAUCUUCGAGGCCAAGGCCGGCGAAUCCAGCAGCCACUUGGUAGAGACUUUCUCAGAGCUAUUACUGGAUAACAUUCAGGGCAUAAAUCUUUGA